AAUAGCCCUUCUUCAAUGCACCAGCCUGAGUCAGCUGCAGACACUGGUGCGAGGAAGAUGGCGCACCCGGCGAUGCUUCCUCGGAGGGGCAGCAGCAGCAGCAGCGGCAACGUCGUGCCGGCUCUGGGUACAGCCGGCAGCACCAGCAGCGGCUCGGAAGACUAUCCGCCUCCUUUGCUCAUUCAGCCGCCUCCCGCUGCCGCAGCCUCUUCCUCCUCUUCGCCUGGGCCGCCGCCGCCACCCCCUCCACCGCAGAGCUUGACCCUCCUCUCCCAGCCGCCGCAGCCCCUCAGCCAGGCGGGGGCCCAGAUGAAGAAGAAGAGUGGCUUCCAGAUCACCAGCGUGACCCCAGCCCAGAUCUCUGCCAGCCUCAGCUCCAACAACAGCAUCGCUGAGGACACAGAGAGCUACGACGACCUGGACGAAUCCCACACGGAGGACUUGUCGUCUUCAGAGAUCUUGGAUGUUUCCUUGUCCAGGGCCACUGACUUGGGGGAACCUGAGCGGAGCUCCUCCGAGGAAACUCUGAAUAACUUCCAAGAGGCUGAGAGCCCGGGGGCCGUCUCUCCUAACCAGCCUCGCCUUCCCCACCAGCAGCAGCAGCAGCCGCCCCCCUCUUUGCCCUAUCCCCCCCAGCAGCAGAGUGUGGUGAUCAACGGGAGCAUUCACCCCCUGCAUGGACACCAUUAUCACCACCACCACCACCACCACCACGGGCAUCACCAUGCAUCCCACGCUGGGGUGGGAGGCCCAACGGCUCCUGGAGGACCUCCAUCCAGCCCAUCCUUUAGAAGACUGUCUACAGCUGGAAGCACCGACAGUGUUCCAACGGCUGCCAUGCCAGUUUCUGCUGCAUCAUCCGCUGGUUCACCUGCAGCCACGACGGUGUCUCAUUUCCGCCCUCCUGGUACACCUGGGGUCCCUUCUGCCAGUGGAGCUACUACCAGCAUGUUAAGCAGUGUGGGCAGUGCUAGCCCUAGCGUGGUGAGCAGCAUGCCUGGUCAUGUUAAUAAGAAUCUAAGUCACAUCACAAGUACUGGAACGAGCGGCGGCGUUAAUGUUGCUGUCUUAAGUGGGGUUGGCAAUGGCCUCAGUGCUUCCUCUAGCGCUGUCAGUAAUGCUAGUAAUCCAGUUGCAGCAUCAGCGGCAUCUAGUCAUCUGCAGCCUGCAGCCAGCACAUCGAGGUUUAGAGUUGUGAAGCUGGAUUCUAGUUCAGAGCCUUUUAAGAAGGGUAGAUGGACGUGCACAGAGUUCUAUGACAAAGAGACUCCUGGGUCAGUUACAGAAGGAGUAGCUGUAAAUAAAGCGGUAGACACUCUAAAACAAAACCCGCUUGAAGUAACUUCUGAAAGGGAGAGUACCAGUGGGAGUUCGGUGAGCAGCAACGUGAGCACACUGAGCCACUAUACGGAAAGCGUGGGAAGCGGGGAGAUGGGGACACCGACUGUGGUGCAGCAGCAGGCCUUUCAAGGGGCAGGCGCUCAGCAGGUGGAUUUUAGCAGUACAGCCCCUCAACCUGUGUCAGCACCUAGUCUACCCCAGAGUAUUUCUCAGCCACAGCUUGCACAGGUGCAGCUUCAUGCUCAAGAUGUAAAUUACCCUCAGCAAAAGCAAGGGGUCCAGGCUCCUGCGUCAGCUGUUCCUCUGCCAGUGAAUAUAGUAGGUGGCCAUCAACAGCCGGUCAUUUCAACGAUGGUGCCGCCACAGCUGCCCUAUACCCAGUCAACGCAGCCUGUUCCAGUUGUGCCGCAACCGCAGCCGUUACCAUAUGGGCAAGGACAGGCCCAGCACCAAGCACCAUCACAGCAGAUGCCUAUGCAUAUGACCCCAGGGCAUGUUAAAGCAGUUAAUCAAAGUUCUGUCGCCGGGCCUAUGCCAGAUUAUAUACAACAACAGCAGAUGCUUCAGACUCCAGCUUCUAUGCAGACUGGUCCUGCCGUGGUAGGAACAGGUUCAGCUGUUGGUCAAGCACCAAGUAUGCAGCCUUCUGUUCAAGCACACCUGGCAGUGGCAUCCUCUCAGCCUGUUGCACAUGCCCAGGCCACAAUGCCGACUGUAGGAGCUAGUGCUCAAAUGAUGAAAGUUGGACAACCAGGAAAUGUACCUCCAGUAGUACAGCAGCCACCUGUUACAAACCAAAUUGCCCCUUCGGUGAUAGCGCAAAGUGCUGCUCCUUCACCUUCCCAAGUGGUGCCCCCUGUUCCAGCAGGGAUCAUUCAUCCGGGGCCACAAAGCAGCACAUCAAGCCUUCCUCAACCCUUGGUUAUUGCGCCACAGAGUACUUUGUUACCAGUGCAAGCAGCAGAACCUCUUGUUCAAGGAAUGGCCGGUCAACAAUUGCCUCCUGUUAGUCCUGUACCUUCCGUUAGUGCUGUUUCAGUCCCAGGCCAUUCUGCUGCAAAUGUGAUCUCUACUCCUAUGAGCUUGGCUCCCUCAAAGAAUGUAGCACAAUCUUCAGGUGUGCAGAAUGGGAACUUGGUCCAAAAUGUGUCUCCAGCUUCCUUGAUAUCCACUAGCAUCAAUUUGCCUGCAGCCCAAAAUGUGCCACAACAGAUACUGCAGAACUCCACCCAGUUCUCUGCACUAUCUCUUGCUCAGUCAAUUUCAGCCCGAGGUGAAGAUGGCAGGCGCUCUACAGAACCCACCUUGGUUGGUUUACACCAACCCACCAGUAGUGAAAGUGGUGCUGGAGCAUCAGGAACCAUUUCCGAUGUGGGCAGCAGCAUGGCAUCCUCUCUUUUCCCCCUGAAGGUGCUUCCGUUGACAGUGCAGCUUGUUGAUGGUGAGGAUGAGAGAAAUGAGUGGAGAAAUGACUUCUUCAGAGGCAACAGACAACACUUUCCCCUGCCUUUAGAGACUGCCAUGAAGGAUGCAUUCCAUAACUUGAAUGCAAAGCGGAACACAACCCUUCAUCCCAGCUCCUCCGGUGCGAGCGUCGUAGCGAUAGACAACAAGAUCGAGCAAGCCAUGGAUCUUGUAAAGAGCCAUUUGAUGUAUGCUGUAAGAGAGGAAGUGGAGGUCCUCAAGGAGCAGAUCAAAGAGCUAAUUGAGAAGAACAACCAACUGGAGCAGGAAAACAACCUUCUGAAGACCCUGGCCAGUCCGGAGCAGCUGGCUCAGUUCCAAGCACAGCUGCAGACGAGUCCUUCGCCUCCUUCCUCCCAGCCACAAGGGACCACUCAGCAGCCUCCACAGCCAGCGCCACAAGGCUCAGGGCCUUCAGCGUAGCCUGCAACGCCUUGGGCAUAAGUACUCUGGACUCUGCCGAGGCAGGACUGCCGGGAACCCAGCAUCGCCCGCUCCAUCACUGCAUGCUGCCACCCAGUCGGGAAGACUCUUCUGUGCCCUGCGUCCAAUAGUCACAGGAUGUUUGCUUUUCCAGUAUUAAGCUGUUCAUCAGGAGUGAGGUGGUUGAGGGUUUCUCUUUUAUCUUCUUCAGUUGGGGGGAGGGUCUCACAAAUGUUCAGGGAAAUUGCACAAAUGCACUGGGGACUCGAGCAGCUUGUGCAGGUGGCUGCUAAGACACAUGGAUCGGUGUGCCUGAAGCUUUUUUCCUUAAGAUCGUCCUCCCAUACAUUGUCGCAAUUAAUGCAAGUGCUUUUAAGCAUGGAAAUAUGAAGAAAUCGGCUGGGGUGGUGGGAAUGAAGACCCAUUCUCCAGCAUUCCACCAAGAAGCCAAAUCAACGACUGAUGAAAAAGGACCUUAGGAAAUAUGGAGGGAAGUAAUUGUUGGCUUUCAAUGCCUGAAAUCUUAAAAUGCAGAUAUGUGCUCAUUGUUUUCUGUAGCCAAGGAUGGGUGCAAAAGUAUUUCUAGGAAGAGAGCAGGUAGGUGACACGUUGAUGUGACAUAGGAUCCUAAAAAUGAAGGUUUAUUUGCUUAAUGUAUAUUUGUGUAUUUAGUGUAAUUACUUUGUAAAAUAGGAACUGUAACUACUCGUUAAGUUGUACAGAGUGAAUUUAAAAGGAUGAAUUGAACAAGUUUGGAUAGGGUUUUUUAAUUUUAUUUUUGAUGCUACAUGAAUAAGAUUUGCAUCUAUACAGCUCUUCAGAAAUUGGCUGAUUGAUGCUGUUUAUGUAAGUUCUGAAAAUUGCCUUGGAGCUGAAUACCUUGAAGUCAAACUCUGUUCACGAUAAUUCAGUUUCAUGCAGGGGGGAAUCAGUCCCCAAGAGCAAAAUUUAAAAGCAAUUUCUCAUACUUUUUUUGCAUAUGACCUGUAUAGUAGUAUGCAUAUGUUCCUGUGCAUGUUCUUGACGGGCGGGAAGGAAAAUUGUAAAAUGUCAGUAUAUUUAACUAUUGCACUUCUCAACUUCCAAUAAAGCAUAAAAUGUUGAUUUAGAA